AUUUCUCAGGUUUUGUUUAUUACUCAUUGUUUCACGUGGAUUUCUGUUUCUGCUGCAAUUUGUUUUGUUGAUGUCAUUUGUUCCAAUCUCUGUUGAACAUGUUAACCAAAAAGGUUUUUUACAAACAGAGCAAAAAAGGGACCAUCUUAAAGAUUGUCAGAGAACAUUAUCUACGGAAAGACAUAUGGUGUGGCUGUAAAGGUUGUGUCAAAUGUGCUCUUGAAGAAAAAGAUAUGAUCUUAGAUGCUUGUCCUGUUUCUAAGUGUUCUUUAUUAUCAGACCCACAUUACAUUUUCUUGGACACCAAUGCUGUUUUAGACCAGAUUGAUGCCAUAGAAGAUCCUUAUUUGGAAAAUAUCAUCAUUCCUCAAACUGUAUUAGAUGAAGUUAAGCACAGGAGCUCUUCUGUAUUCAAAAGACUUAAAGAAGUAAUUUUUGACAAAAAGAGAAAAAUAUAUGUUUUUGUAAAUGAGCAUCUUAAAGCAACUUAUAUUGAAAGGAGAGUUGGAGAGACUGUAAAUGACAGAAAUGAUCGGGCGAUAAGAAAAGCUGCAACUUGGUACCAGGAACACACCGGUGUCAAGUCAGUCUUGCUAUCUGAUGAUAUUGCUAAUCGUGAAAAAGCUGUUGAAAAAGGAAUUUUCGCAUUUUCCUUGAGUGACUAUGCUGAAGCUACUGACUCAGCAACGCUCAGCGAGAGGCUUUGUGCAAAAAGAUGGAGCGAAAGGAGAGGUGAAGAUUCGACGGACGUGUUCCCGGCCCACCUUCCCCCCGCAGCUGUUCAUCACGGUCUGAAAGCUGGCCUUCUCCUGCAAGGGGUCUUCUAUGCUUCCAAGGAAAACUGUCUAGAAGCUACUGUCAUCACAGAUAAACAUAAUGUAUUAAUCCAAGGAAGGGCGAGCUUGAACCGUGCGAUCGAUGGUGACACAGUUGCCGUUGAGUUGUUACCGAAAGAAGAGUGGGUUGCUCCGUCAAACCUUGUCAUCGAAUCAGAAGAGGCAGAGGAUGAGGUGAAAGUCGAAAGGGAAAUCAAUGAAGAAGAGAGGCAAGUAACUGGAAAAAUUGUCGCUAUAAUUCACAGGAAGUGGCAGCAGUAUUGUGGAAUUCUGCAGCUCUCUCCGAUCAAAGGGCAUACUUAUCACUUAUUUGUUCCCGCAAAAAGGCACAUCCCCAAAGUGAGAAUUGAGACUAGGCAGGGAGAGAAGCUGGCCAGUCAAAGAUUGGUUGUUGCGAUUGACGGAUGGCCUAGGCACUCUAGGCACCCACAGGGACACUUUGUUCGAGCUCUAGGAAAAAUUGGAGAUAAGGAAACGGAGAAUGAAGUUCUGCUUCUGGAACACGAUAUCCCUUGCUCCAAGUUUUCAGAUGCGGUUUUGGCUGACUUGCCUAGUAACGACUGGACCAUAACGCCUGAGGAACUUGCAAAACGAGUUGAUCUUCGAAACAUUAUCGUUUGCUCAGUCGAUCCACCUGGUUGUACCGAUAUUGAUGAUGCUUUGCAUUGUUUCAAACUUCCGAAUGGAAACUAUGAGGCCGGAGUCCACAUUGCAGACGUGAGCCACUUCAUCAGGCCGGGGACAGCCUUGGACAAGGAGGCAGCGCUGAGGGCUACUACCGUCUAUCUUGUAGAUAAGAGGAUUGACAUGGUUCCGGACUUGCUGAGUUCGAACCUCUGUUCCCUCCGAGGAGGCGAAGAAAGGCUUUCUUUCUCUUGUAUCUGGGAGCUCACUCCCAAUGCCGAGAUAAUUUCAACAAGGUUUCACAAGUCAGUUAUCAAGUCCAAAGCUGCAAUGACGUACGAAGCAGCACAGGCCAUUAUUGAUGAUGUGUCUGAUGAGAGUGAACUAGCUCAAUCACUACGUGGAUUAAACACUCUUGCCAAAGUCCUCAAGAAGCGUAGAAUGGAGAAUGGAGCCUUGUCCCUUGCCUCGCCAGAGAUCAGAUUUAGAGUUGAUUCUGAGACUCAUGAGCCGCUAGAAGUGGUUUCCAAGAAAAUGAGAGAAACUAAUUCGAUGGUUGAAGAGUUUAUGCUUCUGGCUAAUGUAUCAACAGCAGAAAAGAUAUUGGAGGAAUUUCCUGAAGUCGCACUCCUUCGACGCCACCCGGAACCUCCACCAGCGAAUUUCGAUCCUCUAAUCAAAGCUGCUCAUCACCAGGGUUUUGAAAUAGAUAUUUCGAACAGCAAGAAACUGUCGGAGAGCCUGGAUAAAGCGAUAAAACCUAACGACAGUUACUUCAACGUUAUGCUGAGAAUAUUGGCUACUCGUUGCAUGCUGCAAGCUGUCUAUUUUGCCAGCGGUGUAACCCAAAGAUCAGAGUUCUUUCACUAUGGUUUAGCUGCCCCGUUGUAUACUCAUUUCACUUCCCCUAUCAGGAGGUAUUCUGAUGUGAUCGUGCACAGACUUCUAGCUGCUUGUAUUGGUGCUGACGCAACAUACCCAGAUCUCAUGGACAAGAGAAAGACGGAUAAACUAUGUCAAAAUUUGAAUUACAGAAAAAGAAUGGCUCAGUACGCUGGAAGAGCCUCUGUCGCUUUGCAUACUCAUGUCAGUAACUUUUUUUUAAUUUUUGUUAUUGUUGAUCACUUCGCUUUCCUUAUCUACUGCUCAGUAAGGAUACUCUAUCAUUGCCUGUUUUAUAAUGAACCUUGUUGAAGGACUGGGUGCCAGUGUACUCAAUCAAUAAAAAUGUUAGACAUGGAUAUAUGUAUAUAUAUAUAUUUCAGCAUUUUAAGGAACUUAAGUAUUUUCAGAAAUAAAAACUGAAUUAAAUGAAAUGCCAUGCUUAAUUUUUUUAAUCAAAGUAGAAAAUUUAUGACUUGCUCACUCUCGACACAAGGUUGUUUCAUUUCGUCGAAUAUUACUAAUUGUUUUCAGGAUUAAUAUAUGACAAGGGUUUCACUAUGUCAAUUUGAUUGAAUCAACAAGAUUGAAUAUGGAAUUAGUUUUUUAUUUAAAAUUGUUUUUUAACUACUUUGCAUUGCAUGUUUUAAUUUUGGCAUUAAUUUUAUUUCUUAGGUUAAAUUAAGGUGUUUAUAUCUCAUUACAAUACAAUUAAAAAUGUUUUUGAUUCUUUAUUAGAAUUGGUAGGUGAUGGUGAUUGAGAAUUAUUAUGCUAUUAAUUUGUUUAUUACAGUUGUUCUUUCGUGAAAGAAUUGAGAACGAAGAAGGUUACAUCCUGUUUGUCAGGAAGAAUGCUCUUCAAGUUCUGAUUCCAAAAUAUGGCCUGGAAGGCACUUUGCUGCUCUCCUCCAAGGAUAAGAAGAACCCAAGUCCUUUUGUUUUUAAUAAUGAUGAUCACACACAACGAGCUGGCGAUAUUGUUUUCCACGCCUUUGAUCGUCUUGUUGUAAGGCUGUAUGUUGACCGUUCCAAUGUUCAACACGAAAGAUUAAUUAUGAAUUUAGUUGAACCAUCAAUUCCUGGUUUUUCAGUUUGUUCUUUGGGUGAUCUAGUGCCAACAGAAGAAGAACAAGUUCCCCCCCCUCAAGUUAUUUCUUAGUUCUUAGUGUUGUGUCAAAGUUAGUUGGAAAUUGUACAUAUUUCUUUCUGUACAUACUUUUCUUCAAAUCGAAUACAAUUACUGUAAUUCAAUUUUUUUGUAAAUAUAAGUUUUUAUCACUA